CGUUGCGCCGCCAUUGAGACAGGAUGCGAACGAGAUUAGCCAAUACGACGGUUCAGGCAUUGCGCAGUGUACAUUCGAGCUUCUCUCGAAGUUCGCCUCGGAUCUGCCGAUCAUGCUCGGUCUACAGUAGUCUCAGACGAUUCAAUUCGACCAAAUCCGCACCUGAGAAGCCGUACUACAUCACCACGCCCAUCUUCUACGUGAACGCUGCCCCUCAUGUCGGUCACUUGUAUACCAUGGUCCUUACGGACAUCAUCAAAAGGUGGAGCGUGCUCAGAGGAAAGAAGGCGAUCAUGUGCACAGGAACAGACGAGCAUGGGCUGAAGGUUCAAAAAGCAGCUGCCAAAGCCGGCGCCGACCCCAGGGCGUUCUGUGACAAGGGCGCAGAUAUCUUCCGAGAUCUUGCGCAAAAGGCCGAGAUCUCGAAUGACCAUUUCGUACGGACAACGGAUGAGGACCACAAAGAUGUUGUGCAAUAUGCUUGGUUCUUGCUUCAAGAGAAGGGCCUCAUCUACGAGCAGAAACAUGAAGGCUGGUACUCAGUCACCGACGAGUGCUUCUACCCACAGUCACAAGUCAAGCCCUGGAUUGAACCGUCGACUGGGAGAAAGAUCAUGACAUCCAUCGAGACGGGGAGUGAAGUCGAAUGGUCUUCAGAGGAAAACUACCAUUUCCGCCUGUCUGCGUUCCGCGAACCGCUUCUUGAGUUCUACAAGGCCAACCCGAACUGGAUAGUUCCAGAGCACCGCUACAAGGAGGUCAUCCAGUCUGUGGAGUCUGGUCUCGAAGACCUGUCCAUCUCUCGCCCCUACGACAGACUGCAGUGGGGAAUCCGCGUGCCAGGCGACGAGUCACAAACGAUAUAUGUGUGGCUCGAUGCUCUCAUGAACUACGCCACAAAGGCGGGAUAUCCAUUUGUACCGGGCAAAGAACACGAAGGCGGCUGGCCGGCUGACUGCCAUGUCAUCGGCAAAGAUAUCGUUCGCUUCCACUGCAUAUAUUGGCCGGCAUUUCUGAUGGCACUUCGUCUUCCACUUCCAAAGAAGAUCCUGACCCACGCCCAUUGGACUUUGGGAGGUGCAAAGAUGUCAAAGUCGACUGGCAGGGUGGUCGACCCUUUCCACGCCAUAGAUCGAUAUGGACCGGAUGUGAUGCGUUUCUACAUGGCUCAUGACGGCGGUAUCCAGGAUGAUUCAAGCUACGAUAACGCCCACAUCAUCAAGCUGUACAACAAGUUUCUGAACCAGCAGCUUGGAAACCUUGCAUCUCGCGUGACCAGAGGCAAGAAGUGGAGUGUUCGUGGCGCAGUAGAGCGCAUGGGAAGCUCGCCGCCAGAGUACUGGAGCGAUGGCCCUGGUUCACGGUUCUGGACCAAUUCACUGAGCACCGUCGCCACCAAGGUUGAUGGUCUCUUCGAUAUCUAUGAUCCUCGAAAAGCACUGCACCACCUUGCUGAGUUUGUACGAGGUGCAAACGCGUUCUUCCAGAUGUCCAAGCCAUGGGACAACAUACUCGACUUUGCCUCAGGUGAGCCCGGCGAUGAUGUUGAUCGGACGAUCUACCUUGCCGCUGAGGCUUUGCGCGUGACUGGCAUUCUGCUCCAGCCUUACAUGCCAAACAAGGCGGAGAUGCUGCUCAACCAACUCGGUGUAAAGGCAGACAGAAGAACUCUAGCAUACUGCCAACCUGGUGCUGAUCUUGAUUAUGGUACACCAAUGGUGACCCUGGGUUCCAAGCAUGAGGGUGUACUCUUCCCGCCCUUAUCGAGCGAAGAGUAGCAAGCCUGUUUUGUCCCGAUACACUGUAGUUUAUGUACUUCUAGUAACUAUGAAAUAAGAGACUCGUACGUGGGUAGAGUUGAAUCGA